AUGGCGACGAAAAAGGGAAAACCGGGCUCUGCAAAGGGCCGACAGAUUCAGGAAAAAAAUCUGCCUCCCCACGCCGACUCGAGCGCCGACGAGACUGACGCCUUCGGCAACGGAGACUCCCGCGCGCCUGGCGUGUUCACCGUCGUCGGGGGGAGGCGAGCGCAGAGGGCGAAUCAGAAGAAGGAGACGAAGCAGCAGGGAGCCGGUGCGCGGCGCGCCGACUCAGAGAGCGACGACUCCGACUUGGACGACUCAGUUGCAGCCGCACGCGGAGAGACCGGAGGGACGGGAAAGCGCGCGGGGCAGGUCUACGAUGCGCUGCUUUCCGGAAGUCAAAGGAAGCAGUCGCCGGCUGCAGGCGCCCACAGCGGCGGCGAGGAGGCUCGAAAGAAGCUGGGGAAGAAGGAAAAGGGGAAGGCCCUAUUGCCGCGUUCAGGCAAGAGAAAAGGAAGAGAUGAAGGAUCGUCCCUCGUCAGCUCUGUUAAGAACAUAUUUGUGGACUCCGACAGCCCCCUGCGCAGCCGCCUUCUCAGGUGGCUCAUUAACAUUUGCAUUGCCGUCGCCAUCAUUGGGGUCUUCGCACUGAAGGCUGCGGAAGAGUACUACGGGCAAGAUGAAGAUGUGAGCGGACAAGAGACUGAGCAACACCUGGCAGCCCUGCAGCUCGAGUCCGGCGCCACCGAGGCCGACAUUCGCAAGGCCUAUAGGACGCUCUCUGUGCGCUGGCACCCAGACAAGAACCCUGGAUGCACGGGAUGCCAGGAGCGGUUCACGGAUGUCGCGGUCGCCUACGAACAUUUGAUGAAGAGCCUGAAGAAGAAGAAGGACGAGGGCGCCGGCGAAGAGCGCGGAACUGGCGAGGGCGAGGAGGGACUCAGCCGCACCAGCAAAGACAUCAUCGACUUCACUGGCCUGCCCUCCGACGCCGCCUUCUACCCCGCGACCGACCGCCACGUCUGGACAAUCAUGCUCCACAACGACAAGGACGAGUUCAGCGAGCACGUCCUGGAAAUGUGGGAGGAGACAGCGUUGACUUUGGGCAAGUACUUCAAGUAUGGUCUCAUCAACGUGAGGAAGAACAAGGACCUUGCAAAGAGACUUCCAGUCAACAUCAAAAUUUUCCCGGCGAUCGUUGUGAUGUCCAACGGCAUGCACCCCGAGGUCUAUCCGACGAUUACUCGUCCCUCUGUUGAGAGCAUCCAGAGUUUCAUCGCACGCAGCUUCCCGAAUCAGAUCGCCAGUUUGUCUUCGCCGGCGGACGUCAAGUCCUUCCUUGCCUCCUCAUCGUCGCGCCCGGGUCUCUCUGCACUCUCGCAGCCGUACAAGCUUUUGGUCAUCCCCACACGCAACUCGCCGGCGUCUCCCGCGCUCCUUCUGCGCCACGCCGCGCACAAGUACUUGCCCCUAUUCUCCUUUGGCUAUCUGCAGAACGUGAAGGGUAUUCUCGCAGAUUCAGCAUCGCGCGAAGAACUUUUCGCGAUCCUGAAGGACCCGCCCAGUUGGCUGAGUGCCGCAGGCGAGACGACCGGGGCUCAGGCGAAGGACGCGCCUCUCGGCUUCACCGCCGACGACCUCUCCACGUCGCUCGUGUUCGCCCUUUUCGUUGACGAGGGCAAGGGCGUGCGGCGGUUCGUCGAGACUCUAAAGGUGAAAAAGUGGAGAUCUGCGCAGAAGGCACUCUUCGGCCACCUACACAACCUCCUCGCGUCCUUCCAGCAGCACGUCCAUCCGUACCUGUACCAGCAGAACGCCGCGCUGCUGUGUAAGGGCACACUGCAGCAGCGCGUCUUCACGCUCGUCCGCGUCGAAGGAUCCGUGAAGAACGAGGAAAGCAAGGGCGAAGACGCGGUCGCGGAGGCUGUCCUCUCCGCUGAAGAGGUCGGCACCCUCCUCCAGCAGUCCAGGCAGCGAUUUCUCAAAGAGAAGGCGAAGGACAAGCCCGCGGACAAGCGCAAGAAGGAAGCUGAGGACGAGGAGGAAGACGAAGAUGGAGAGGAGGAAGAGCCCACAGAGGAGGAAGACGACGAAGGCAACAAAGAUGAAACCUUCUACAUUCAGCCGGCUCGCCUCGCUCUCUCCUCGGCUCCGGCGCUUCUGCCGCCGCUUCCCGGCAUGCCGUCGUCAUCGCCCUUCUUCACGUUCUGGAAAGAAGAGCUCGAGUCUUCGCCUUUGUUCCUGCUCGACCUCGAAGGCAGCCGCGUGGUCCCUCUGCAGGAUUCCUCGUUCGCCUUGGAGCGCGGAGAGAAGCGACAGAAGGCGCUGGAAGAAGAGAAGCAGAGCCAGAGGCAGGUUCUCGCCAACUUGUACCAGCUUCUGGACACCCAGCAGCACAAGGGAGAAGACGAAGAGUUCGGGGAAACCUCGAUGGACUUCCAGCCGCUGCCGGAUUACUGCAACGCAGUCCACUUCGCCAAGCGCUGCCUCGCGAGCGCGGCGCCGAGCUGGUUCUGGACUACUUUGACCGGCCUCUUUGAAUUCUCGUGGAUCCGCGUUCUGUUGCUGGCGGCUGUGGCGGCGCUCUAUUUCUUCGGCGGCGGCCUCAACUCCGAGAUGGUGAUCAUGCUCGUCCUUGGCGGGUCUCUGCUCAUUGGGGGCUUGGAGCAUUUCCAGACCAUCUUCAACUUCUUGACAAGGCGUCGACACUGA